AUGCCUAGAACCAGACGCGCGAGCAUCGUACCACGCACCCCUGGGGGCAUGCACUUACAGUUGGCUGAUAUAUCUGCUGAUACAAUUGAUUUUGACGACGAGGUAUCAAUAAAGUCUUCUGUGUUUCGCGGGCGGACCGAAACGCCCUCAUCGACCGCAACAACGCCAAAAAUGUCAGUCCUGAAAAAGUCGUCACUUAAUCUUCAAAAAUUUGUUUUGCGAAAAUCCACUGAUUUAAAGAAGCUCAAGAACAUUAACGAUAAGAUUGAGGCCAUACUAUCAAGUCCCAUGGUAGAGGUUCGUCGUAAACCCCUGGGUCGAUCCAGGUCCUUUGCCUCAAAUGACGGCAAGUUUUUAGACCAGUCGCGCACUCCAAUUUGUGUGCCGAGCUCAAAAGAUUUGGUGGCAGUUAGCAAUCGUCGUCUAUCUGCUGUUUUAUUAUCAAAGUUCACUCCACAUGCUGACUCCAUCUCUCCAUUGGAUUCGAAACGCGCCUCCAUAUGCCCUGGUGUGCUUAGUCGUCGCAGGACAAAUUCAAAAAACACUAGAACACCCAUCCGUUGCUCAUUGGGCACAGAGCUGACUUCAACAAAGGAUAAAAAUACCCCUAUAAUUACAACCGCAAAUGACUCCCAGACUUUGGGGGUCGAACCCAUGAAUUCGGAGGAUGUUGCCGACCUGGAAAAUGAAUCACCACAACGGCCGUUCGAAGACGUCGAACAUGAACUAGAAGUACAGCAUUCUCAGGAAAACGUUUCUGCUGAACCAACAUCGGUUAGCGAAUUCCGUGUCCUUGCCGGUAUGGAAUCAUCUCGUCUGUCUUCUGUUAAAGCAGCUUGGGAAGAUGUCUUGACUGAAGAAAGCGGAUCUAUCCCUGACAUUGCUGUUAACAGCAUCCACGCGGCCGUUGGUAAAUGUGGAUUGCUGCUCACCAAGAAGUUUCCCUUUUUCUUAUCUCUAAUCGAUCUGGCCGAAGCCUCUAUCCAACAGCGGCAGCUAGGAAACGACAAGCCUCAGCAGAGCGCCAGCGUGAAUGACUUGCUAGGGAUGUGGGCGAUUAUAUCCCAACAGAUAUCCGAAAUCGACAGUGCUUUUGAUCGAUUGCGCAGGUGGCGAGAAGUCUCUGGCUGGGCCUUAGAGGCACGUCCUGAAACACCUGCUCGGUAUGACGAAAAAGCCGUUACCACUGCAGAAAAGAAACAAGUUGGUCGUCCCCGUCAGCGUAAACCCAUGGAAACGGUCGAAGUCGAUGCUGUUACACCGACGGUUUCAUCAAAGCUGAAGUCUGCGCGUGCUCGAAAACCGCUUAAGUUCCGGGCUCAACUACUGGCCAAGAAGAAGGCUAUGGAAACCGACGAGGUCACAGACGAACCGUUCAAAACGCCGCUCUUUGAUCCCGACUCUAGUGUACUGUCGCGCUCCGAGAAGCGCUCAAAAAUCACCAGCACCCCGAUGAACAAUGUCACACCGCGACGAGGAAGGUCGUCGAAAACACCGCUGUCGCCUAAGAUUGCCGACGAGAAUCUUGUUCCUGUCCCCGAAACUCCUAUCACGGCUUCCGUCAAUGUGAGUGCGGAGACGGGAGGCGCAGGCGACCCGUUCGCCGUGCCCGCCUCGCGACCACGGAGGCGCACUCGCAGGCGAACAGCCGGCCUGUCGGCCUCGCAGGCCGCCGCCGUCACGCCAGACCCCUUCUCGCCGCCGCCUCGGCCGGCCACGGGCACGCCGCGUCCACGCUUGUCCCGCGACCUCUUGACCACCGCCAACCUCUCUCUGAGGCAGUCCGUUUUGAUGAAGAAACUCAUGGUGACGGUCACCAGCGGCAACAGCAGCUUCGGGGCCACACCUCCUAGGGCUGUCGGCAGGAAACGCAAAUCCGUUCGUUUCCCGGCCGCCGCUGCACUCUCCUCAACUCCCAACGGACAUCGCGGUGGGUCGGGCAGUCCCAGGGAGUCGCUCCCCGUGACCCCACACACAUCAGUCACUGUUGACCCGUCUAGGCGCAUCUCCCGCAGUGGCAGAUCUCGGCACGCCUCUUUCGGCAACUCGAGGUCUUCGGAGGCUCCCGCCUGA